GGGCUGUGAGGCCCUCUGGGGAUGGAACCCAGCCCCUCCUGCCCACCCUUCCCUGUCCAGGGCCCAGCCCGUCCGCUGCCUCUGGGCCUUCUCUCCUCUCCCGGGCUGGGGAUGGGGCUGUGUUCCCUAUUUAGACUUAAGUAGACCAGGCCAGGGGGAGGAAGUGACCAGCAGGGUAGGCUCCGUCUGGCCCGGACAGCAGGCGGGGCACUCUGGCGCCUAACAUCCACCCUCUCAGCGGGGCCCUCACCCGGGCCUGCCCCCCCCCCCCAAUUUGGGAGCUAAGGAAACUGAGUCCAGCAGAGGGGAAGUGGCUGGCCCGGGGCCCACGAGCAGCGGCUGGGAGUCCUGGCUUGUGGCCCGGCGUCUGCAGGGCCCGUUGGAGGCCACCCCCGCCUUCCCCGGGACAGAGUUUGAGCAAGGCCCGGCCGGGCCCUUCCUGCCCAUUUCAGUUUCCACAGUUUCACUUUCGUUGGUUUCGACACCUGGAAGGCGGUUCCCGCUUCUCCCCACAGUGGCUGCUGCCGGGCAGCCCUUCAUCAGGCCCCCGCCCGUCCUCUCUGCCCCCAGGGACCCAGUGCAGACCCCACCCCCUCAGCACACAGACGCCGCAGGCAGGGAGGAGGAGGGCUCCAGCUGCCUUGGGGACAGGCCCCACCUCAGGGCUAGACAGACAAGGGCUCGUGGCCAGGGCUGUGGUAGUCAGGAGGCCGGCUGCUGGAGGCAGCCCUUGGCCUGGGGCCCCGAGGGACCAUGGGCUCCAUGUUCCGGAGUGAGGAGGUGGCGCUGGUCCAGCUCUUCCUGCCCACAGCUGCUGCCUACACCUGCGUGAGCCAGCUCGGCGAGCUGGGCCUCGUGGAGUUCAGAGACCUCAAUGCCUCGGUGAGCGCCUUCCAAAGACGCUUCGUGACAGAUGUCCGGCGCUGCGAGGAGCUGGAGAAGAUCUUCACCUUCCUGCAGGAGGAGGUGCGGCGGGCCGGGCUGGCGCUGCCCCGGCCUGAAGGGGUCGUGCCGGCGCCCCCGCCCCGCGACCUGCUGCGCAUCCAGGAGGAGACAGAUCGCCUGGCCCAGGAGCUCCGGGAUGUGCGGGGCAACCAGCAGACCCUGCGGGCCCAGCUGCACCAGCUGCAGCUCCACUCGGCCGUGCUGGGCCAGAGCCACGUGCCCCCGUUGGCAGCCACCGACAUAGAGGGGUCUUCAGAAUGGACCCCCCUGCUCCAGGCCCCCGGGGGGCCACACCAGGACCUGAGGGUCAACUUCGUGGCAGGUGCCGUGGAACCCCACAAGGCCGCCGCCCUGGAGCGCCUGCUCUGGAGGGCCUGCCGCGGCUUCCUCAUCGCCAGCUUCCGGGAGACGGAGCAGCAGCUGGAGGACCCCGUGACGGGCGAGCCGGCCACAUGGAUGACCUUCCUCAUCUCCUACUGGGGCGAGCAGAUCGGGCAGAAGAUCCGCAAGAUCACUGACUGCUUCCACUGCCACGUCUUCCCGUUCGCGGAGCAGGAGGAGGCCCGGCGCGGAGCCCUGCAGCAGCUGCAGCAGCAGAGCCACGAGCUGCUGGAGGUCCUGGGGGAGACGGAGCGCUUCCUGAGCCAGGUGCUGGGCCGGGUGCAGCGGCUGCUGCCGCCCUGGCAGGUGCAGAUCCGCAAGAUGAUGGCCGUGUACCUGGCCCUCAACCAGUGCAGCGUGAGCGCCACGCACAAGUGCCUCAUCGCCGAGGCCUGGUGCGCGGCGCGCGACCUGCCCACCUUGCAGCAGGCGCUGCAGGACAGCUCGAGCGAGGCGGGUGUGAGCGCCGUGGUUCACCGCAUCGCCUGCCAGGACAUGCCCCCCACGCUCAUCCGCACCAACCGCUUCACGGCCAGCUUCCAGGGCAUCGUGGAUGCCUACGGUGUGGGCCGCUACCAGGAGGUCAACCCCGCACCCUACACCAUCAUCACCUUCCCCUUCCUCUUUGCCGUGAUGUUCGGCGACGUGGGCCACGGGCUUCUCAUGUUCCUCUUCGCUCUGGCCAUGGUGCUGGUUGAGAACCGGCCAGCUGUGAAGACGGCGAAGAACGAGAUCUGGCAGACCUUCUUCGGUGGCCGCUACCUGCUCCUGCUCAUGGGCCUGUUCUCCGUCUACACCGGCUUCAUCUACAACGAGUGCUUCAGCCGCGCCACCGUCAUCUUCCACUCGGGCUGGAACGUGACGGCCAUGGCCAACCUGUCAGACUGGAGUGACGCGUUCCUGGCCCAGCACCCGCUGCUCGCCCUGGACCCCAACGUCACCGGCGUCUUCCGGGGACCCUACCCCUUUGGCAUCGACCCUGUCUGGAGCCUGGCCGUCAACCACCUGAGCUUCCUCAACUCUUUCAAGAUGAAGAUGUCUGUCAUCCUGGGGGUCAUCCACAUGGCCUUCGGGGUGGUCCUGGGAGUUUUCAACCACCUGCACUUUGCCCAGCCGCACCGGCUGCUGCUGGAGACCCUGCCCGAGCUGGUCUUCCUGCUGGCGCUCUUCGGCUACCUUGUCUUCCUGAUCGUCUACAAGUGGCUGUGCGUCACGGCUGCCAGCGCCGCCUCGGCCCCCAGCAUCCUCAUCCACUUCAUCAACAUGUUCCUCUUCUCCCGAAGCCCCACCAACCGGCCACUCUUCCACGGGCAGGAGGUGGUGCAGUCCGUUUUGGUGGUCCUGGCCCUGGCCAUGGUGCCCGUCCUGCUGCUCGGCACGCCCUUGUUCCUGUGCAGGCAGCACCGCCGCCACUCGCGGAAGAGGCUGGCUGGCCGACAGUCGGAUGAGGACCAGACCGGGCUUCCGGACUCACCUGACACUACUGUGGCCAGCUGGGGCUCUGACGAGGAGAAGGCAGGGUGCCCGGGGGACCACAAGGAGGCUGAGUUCGUUCUCUCCGAGGUGUUCAUGCACCAGGCUAUCCACACCAUCGAGUUCUGCCUGGGCUGCAUCUCCAACACGGCCUCGUACCUGCGCCUCUGGGCCCUGAGCCUGGCCCACGCCCAGCUGUCGGAGGUCCUGUGGGCCAUGGUGAUGCGUGAGGGCCUGAGCAUGGGCCGCAAGAUGGGCGUGGCGGCCGUGGUGCUGGUCCCCAUCUUUGCCGCCUUCGCCGUGUUGACUGUGGCCAUCCUGCUGGUGAUGGAGGGGCUCUCAGCCUUCCUGCACGCGCUGCGGCUGCACUGGGUAGAGUUCCAGAACAAGUUCUACUCAGGCACUGGCUACAAGCUGAGCCCGUUCACCUUUGCCAUGGAGGAGGAAUAGCGCCCACCUGUGGCCAUACCCACAACCCCCACCCUCACCUCACCUCACUGAGGUGGGAAAGGAAUAAAGAGGAGGAAACCCAGGAA